AUGUUGACAGUCAAUGUGUUUUGUUUAUCAACGUCAUCGAUACAAAUAAUUGAUAGCGAAAUUGGUGAUAAUAACAUUCUUGAUUGUCCCAUAAAUCGAAAUAAAUAUUCGCUCCCAUUGAUUAUUCAAUGGUAUAGAUCAAUAAAUAAUUAUUCGACACCAGUUGCUAGCCAAUUCAAUGAUUAUCCUGUCCAUAUUGAUGAAUUAUAUUUUAAAAAAUAUAGUCUUUUAAUAAAUGGAUCAUUGAAAAUUGAAAAUAUUCAAUUAAAUGAUAAUGAUACAUUUGAAUGUCGAAUUAUUUUAAUUGAUCGUGGUUUACUUGAUAUCAAAGAAAAAUAUUUUCAAAUACUUCGUGUCAAUGAACAACCACGUCUUAUCAAUCAUUCAGAUUCCUUAGAAGUUGCUAAUCAUUAUUCAACAGUUAAUUUUAUUUGUCAGAUUUAUGGUAUUCCAAAUCCAACAAUUUCAUGGUACAAAGUUAUUCAACAAAGUAAACAAACGAAUAAUGAAGAAAAUUUACAAUUCCUUUUGACCGAUAAUCCAAUUUUUACUCUUGAAAAUGUUGACGAUAGUUCGGCAGGUAAAUAUAGAUGUAUAGGUAAAAAUCGACUUGGUUCAAUACAAAAUGAAUUUCAACUAUUUAUUCGUGGAUCUAUCUAUUGGCGACAAUUACCGCAAAGUCAAAUAGCUAAAAUUCAUGAUAAUAUUACGUUGAAAUGUGAAGGUGAAAGUAAUGAACUAUUACAAUAUCAAUGGUUAAAAAAUGAAGUUCCAAUAUCGGAUACAAUUUCAUCACUUGAUCGUAUACAUACAUUCAGUGAUGGUGUGUUAAGUAUUAAUAAUAUCCAACCUUCAGAUCAUGGUUCCUAUGUAUGUGUAAUAAGUAUAUUAAAUACUACAAAUAUUCGUAGUAAACCAGCUACUGUUACUGUUAAAUACCCACCGAUUCCAUCGCGUACUCGUCAAACAAAUAACUUAACAUUAAUUCAUGGUUCGUUAGGUAUAUGUCCAUGUUUACUAGAUGCUUAUCCACCUAUUCAAUCUGUUUCUUGGUAUCGAAAUGGAAGAUCUAUUCGUAUUGAACCGAAAGGUGGAACAUAUACUAUUAAUUCUGAAUAUGCAUUAAUAAUAAAAUCAGUUGAUGGUGAUGAUAAUGGAUUAUAUUAUUGUCGUGCACAAAAUGCGGAAGGAUUUGGUAAUGAUAGUAUACCAUUUCGUGUUGAUAUCAAAGAACCAAUUAAGUUUAUGAUAAAACCAAAUUCAAUUUAUCAUAUUCAAGAAAAAGAUCGAUUAGUAGUACCAUGUGCUGUCUAUGGUGACCCACAGCCAACAAUUAAAUGGUUUAAAAAUUCAAUUGAAUUGAAUAGAAUCAAUGAAAAUUUAACCUUGGAACAUAUUGAAAAGACUGAUCAUGGUUUAUAUAUAUGUCAAGCAUCAAAUAAACACACAACAACUAAUAUUAGUACUUUACUUAUUGUUGAAAAUACAACACCACAAGCACCACUGAAUAUUCAAUAUAAACAAAUCGCUUCGAAUCUUUUAAUAUCUUGGGAACCUGGUUAUGACGGUGGUCAUUCUCAACAUUUCAUUAUUUGGUAUCGUAUAAUUGAAAAUAAAAAACAAAAUUGGAAUCAAAUACGUGUAUUACCUAAUAAUGCAACUGAAUUUUUCUUAUUUGAUUUAAAAUUACAACAAACAUAUGAAGUUACAAUUGUUGCUGAAAAUUCGAUUGGUUUAGGAAUAUUUAGUCCAAUAAUAUCAAUAUAUUUAAAUGAUAAUCAAGAUUUAUCUAUUGGAUAUCUUCAUUAUUCAAAUGAAACAAAUUUCUUACGACCAUUAUCACCAACAAAUCUUCGUCUAUCAAAUUCCGGAUCAAAUCUUCAUAUAACAUGGAAUCAAGCAGAUUUAUUUGAUUCACCAAUAAAUAUUGUCAGUUAUGUUAUACAAUGGCGUUCAACAAUUGUUUUUAAUAAUCAACAAUCACAACAAUUUAUUGUUGUUCCAUAUCCUAUACGAUCUUAUAUAUUAAAAGAUAUAAAAGAAUCCAAAUAUAUUAUUCAAAUAAUGUCUUAUUCUAAUCAAGGAACAUAUAGUAUUCCAAUUGAAUCAGAUAUUAAUAUUCAAUUUAAUUCAAUUCUUGCUUAUCAUGGUUCAAGUCGAUUUUUAAUAUCAAUACUUUGUUUUCUAACUGUAUUAACAGUAGCAACAGUAUGUAUUGGCAUAUUUUGUGUUCUUAAACAUUAUUAUCAUCGACGAUCGUAUUGUACAAAUCAUAAAACUGAUUCAAUGUUUACAUGUUGGUGUUUUCCUUCGAUUCAAUAUCGAUUGAAUAGUUGUUCUUCUAUGGAAAAGGAACAACGAUAUUGCGCAAGUCUUUUAAAAUCAAAUGAUCUUCAAUCAUCACCGAUUUAUACAUCUCGACAAAAAAUGACAUCACAAAUAACAACUAAACCACAUCGACCAUUAUCAUCUUCGGAGAGUUUUACUGAUUCAUCAAUAUCAUUAGCUAAAGUUACAACAAUUCCAAGUUGCCGAAAUUCAAUUAUAUCAAAUACAAUAGAAAUACAACCAUUAACAUGCAAUUUAUUAUCAACAGAAAAUUCACAUGUGAUACCAUCAUCUACUCUUACAUUUGUCUUAGUACCAAAUACGAAUGAUGAUACUAAAAUGACUUCUUUUUUUCAACCAAUAUCAGUUAGUAAUGCAUCAGCUAUAGCUCAUAAUGAUAUGGAAAGUCGAAAGAAUAGUUCUCGUUUACCACUUGAAGCUGUACCUGAAUUAAGUGAACUAACUGUAGCUAAUAGUCGAUAUAGUUUUACUCCCUCAGUUUCAUCAAUAGCUCAUCAUCCACAUUCAAUUCAACCUAGUCCUGUUCUUGUAACAUUUGAUUCGAAUUCAUCAAAACAUCCUAUAUAA